AUGCAGGCUGGGCUGCGGGCGCUGUGCGUCGGUGGAGGCGCUUCUCUCUGCUGCCUGCUUCUGCUGGCACUCAUCUAUACACACCUGCUUAAAGAUGGUCAGUUGGCAGUGGGCACGUGUGAGAUUGUGAUGUUGAACAGAGACAGCAGUCAGCCUAAGCGAACCAUUGCCAGACAGACUGCCCGCUGUGCCUGCAGGAGAGGCCAGAUUGCUGGCACUACGCGGGCACGACCAGCAUGUGUUGACGCUAGGAUAGUGAAGAGCAGACAGUGGUGUGAGAUGACACCAUGUUCGGAGGGAGAGAUCUGUGGAUUGUUGUUUAACCAUUCUGGCUGGACCUGCACCAAAGGAGGAGGUCGAAUAAAAACCAUUACGCCACUGCCCAAGGAGCCAUCUUAAAGGAUAUUAGCUGAGAGGAGGUCUAUUGACAUUCUCGUGAACGUCACAGACCAGAAGUCAUCGAUCAGACCAGCACAUCGAAUCCAUCUUUAAGCACCCUGGAGCUGAAGAACUCACCCACCAAUCAACCAGCCUGUUACCCACCACCAGACACAUCUGAUUUUAACUUUACAGGAGCCAAAACAUUAGACAUGGACAAUCAAGCAUCACUGAGAUCACAUCUAGUGUCCAUGAUGCUGGGUUUAUGAUUGGCAAAUGGACUGUAAGACCCAUAAAUCUGUGAAAAACUGGGGUUUAGCUUUCUUACAAAGCUGAAGAAUGGAAGAAAUUGUUAGCUUUUUGUUUACAGAAUCUUUGGAUAUCAAACAAGCUAGCUUUAAAUGCAGAAUUAGAAAAAAAAAAAACCUUUCAGACUAAAGAAUGAUUAAGAUUGCUUUGAUGUCCUUUAGUACCUGACGACCUGAAGAGGCAGUUUGGAUUACAGAAGUUGGCACGGACUGUAAGAGUAAAAUGUAAUCUCAAUAGGACUGAAAGCAUUUUUAAGGAUCUGCAUUUUUUUCAGCACCUGAUGACCCCGAAGGUGCAGGCAUGGAUUUUAGAAGUAUAAUGUCAUCAUGUUUGUAAGGCUCCAGCAUCCCCAGGACUUGUUGACCACCCAGAUACUCUUUCAGAUCCACAGACAAAUCCACAGCUUUUUUUGGACUCUUGCAUUUUUAUGAUGCUGGGAAACCAUACUGUAGGGCACACCAUAAAUAAAUGGAUCAUGGACACCAAUAUGUGGUGGAAUAAAAUUUCCAUUUCAUCCUAUAGAUUUCACAACCUCUUUCCCGUUGUCAAAAAUUGUAUUGGAUUGUGUUGACAUUUUCAAGACAUCUACCCAGCUGCUGGUCUUGCUUUUAAGCAUCUUCAGAAUUGAAUAUAUUCUUAUUACAGAUGCUGCAAGACGACCAGAUGUGAAAUGUGAAAGGAAAAUAGAUAGAAAAUAAAGGACCUCUGUGUGUAUA